AUGUCUCGAUGGCAUGAACGCGGGUGCGCUCGGCCUGAUGUCGUGGUCUGCGAUGGCCUUCCAUGUUGUCGAUUUUGCUACGGAGUAGCAUCAAUUGAGGACCUCCAAUUCGAUACUUCUCUCAAAAUUAGAAAAGCUCCUGUCAUUGGGAAUAGCUCUACAUAUAAUCUCCAAUGGCCUGCAUGCGUCGAUUACGUCGACUCUCAACCAGAAAUCCCACCCAAUGCGUCUACUAGCUCAAGUCUUGGCUCUAACUUUUCAUUUGGAAGAAUGUCAGGCUCCGAGCGAAUACAAUCUCUCUUGAAGGGGCCAGGCGGAAGCUUUCAAAGUGUGCAGUUGAAUUUCAAUAAGGCAAGAUACGAGGCCCUAUCAUACACUUGGGCCGACCUUUCCGGAGACUCUAUCAGGCGUAGGCCAAUGUUCAUUGGACCCUACUGGGAUAUCAUCCCUAUUACUCGGAACUGCGAAAACGCUCUUCGUAGCGUUCAAUUGAUUGGCGGAGGCUCUCGGUCUAUCUGGGUCGAUUCUCUUUGCAUCAACCAGGACGACGAAGAGGAGCGGAACGCACAAGUGGCUCUUAUGCCACAGAUAUACGCUGCCGCCAUCGGAGUUUUGGCAUACCUUGGCCCAGCAGCUGAUGACAGCGAUAGAGCACUCAACGCUAUUUUCCACUCAAUAUCUCAUCGCAACUGUGGUCAUAGUGGAGAGGAAAGUGAAGUCUGCGCAGAUUGCCGGAUGCCUAUUAUAAAGCUUCUCAGCCGACCGUACUUUCGGAGGCUUACAGUGGAGGAAGUCAGCAUUGGUGUUGCGGCAUAUUUGACGCAGAGAUGUGGCCUUGGGAUGGCUGUCCUUCUUUUCGCAGGGUUCGUCAAAUCUGGAAAAAUCAAGGAAAAUGAGAAGUCAAUAUUCGAUAACGUCGUGUUGGACACGGGAUCCCUCUCGUUACAACUGUCCUCUCCCUGUGAUAUCCGCAUCAAUUCUCGGAGCGGAUUUCUAGAGGUCACAGCAAUCAGGGUUUGCGAUCUUCGCGGAUUCUUUACUGAGGACGGCAAAUUUGCGAAGUCAUUCGUUCGACCAAUCAUGAAUCUCGACACCGGCGAAAUCUCAAAAAACAUGAGAUUCAGACCUUUUAGUACCAAUGAUCACACACAACUGGAUGAACAAAAGAGACGUCUCAUAGAAGAUUUGCGUUUGACUAUUGGAAGAGAGAAUGCGAAGCCAAUGUUGCGGGCGCAAGCAGAGCCUUUCUUGAUGAAACUUGCAACAUAUAUCUGCCGUCAUCAGAGCGAUUCAAAAAACAGUCUUUGGAAGACAUGGAAGCAAUUCGAAGCCAAGUUGAAGCCUUACCUCGAGGACGAACGGGGAAUUCAGUUACUAUUACGUGGCAUAACUGAGGCGGAUCAUAUUACAAUGGCAACUUGGCAAGAUGGUACGUCGUCACAUGCCUCUGUAUCCAAGAGGUUUAUGCUGAGGUCCUCAGGGUCUCUAUUAACUCUUCUUUGGUCGUUGUUACCCAAGACAAGGCACCACAUGAAUGAAGCAUUCGGUGUGGAAAAGAUGUCGCUUCCGUACGAAGAGGUACUAAAGGGGUUUCAAGAUUGGGCCGAUACAACGAACGAGCUGUUGUUUGCUAUGGCCCAUUCGGUUGAAUACAAAUAUGAGUUCGUUUUUGGAAUUCGUUCAUCUGUGUCAGUACAAAAAGCCUGGCUGAGAGCUUUCAAGAGGUUCGAGAACAGGAUGAUGCCUCAGCCGAGUAGUAUUAUGGGAGCCAUGGAGGCUAUUGUCUAUGUCUUGAAGUUGUUCCCUCACACGGAGGAAGAACAUGAACAACUUUGCUCUUCUACACACGUGCACCAAAGGCUGCAUUCUGAAACAAACGAAAUUGUGCGGUCAUACUCUGCGAGAAACUGUCUGUGGAACUGGGAAGCGGUAGGAAGCAAUUUUGAGAAAAGAUGGAAAAUUCUGGAACGCUUGAGCCAGGACCGGUGGUUAGCAUCAUGGCGAGAUGGACCAAUCGAUAUGCUUGUGGGACUGGAGCAACAAAUGUCGAUUCGCUAUCAAAUGAACUCUUUCGGGUUCAACUUGACUCUACCUACCAAUGUUACGAUCCAGUAA